AAUAUAACAAUUAAAUUUAUAAAAACAGAACAUUCAUAAAUAAUAUAGUUAUAGCUAGGUAUAGAAAUGGAAAUAGAGAAUGUAUAGAAUAUAGGGAUGAACUAGCUAUCUAGUUGCUCGUCUUAGUGGUCGAUCCAUUCGUUUGAUUCAAACCCAUCUUCUAUAACUCAAUCAAACUAAAUAUUUAGCGGUCUUUUAUAAAAGAGUAGAGAUAAUAAAUUUGAAACAGAUAAUAUUAUUGGAGGUAAUCUAAGUACUCCCUAGAGCGAGUAAAAAAAGAAAAGAAAAUAUAUAAAAAAAUCUAUAGAAAAGUUUCUAUCUCUAGGUAAAAAAGGCAGCUCUGAAAUUAUAUCUGCACAUGAAAUAGAAAGCAAAAGGAGUUUGAGUAUCACUCCAAUUUAUAAUCACAUCACUGAGAAGAUAGAUUUUAUUCUUAUUGGAGGAGAUUUUUUUUAUAAGUUAAAUUUAAGCGAAGAAGAGAGGGAUUUAUUAAACUCUUUACAGAAAAAUCAGUAGAACUUUUAAAGUGAAGAAGAAAAGAAUUCUGCAUUGUAGCUUAUUUAACAUACUCCAGAAAUCAUGAAUUAAUACAAAGAAAUUUUAGAAAUAUAAAAACAUGAUAAAUAUCUUUUAGUAAGAAUGUCAAACAAGAUAGAUGGGCUUAAAGAAUUUUAAAAUUUGAUUUCUUAACUCAACUAAGCUAGUUAAAUUUUAGUUGGUGAUCCCAUCCUUCAUCCUUUGAUUGAAUUAUAAAAAAUAAUCAAAGGCUGUCAAGGCUGCAUAUAAAGUAUCAUUUAAAGCUACUAAAAUGAUAAUGAGCGUUUACUUACAAAACAAGAAAAGAGAAACUAAUUUAUUGAAAAGGCUAUUAAAGGUUUAAUAAAAUCUAAAAAAUUAUUUUAAACCUAAAACGAUGCCUUUUGCUAAGAGGUAUUCACGGUAGGAUUUAUUAGCAUUGAUUUCACUUAAUGCAUUCCUGUUUUAAGGAAAAUUCUAUAUAGCAGUCAGUAUAUUAACAUAAUGGGUUGUACUCUUGAUGAAGCUGUAACUUAAUUUAUCAGAUAAGGUAUAAAAGAAAUGUAUGAUUUGAAAACUAGAAUGAAAAUUUAAUAAGCAUAUAUAUAGAAAGUUUUAUAAUCCAAUUCUGAUUCUCCUAUUAUAAUAUAAGAAAUGAAUAUUCUUACUUUCGAUAACAUCUCAAUAUAAUGUUCUGGAGAAGUCAGUCUCAUACCAUUAGAUAUUCCUACCUAAUUAAAGUACAACGAGUCUAAUCCAAAUGAAAAUCUUUUAGAGUAAGCCUAUUUGCUCAAAUUAAAUGUGCCAAAGAAUAUUUACAAUUAAGUAGACCUUUACCGUAAAAGUCUAAAGCAAGGCUAACAGCAAUACUCUUCUUCAUCUUUAUUAGAACAAGAAGAAUUUAGAUACUCAAUUUAAAGUUAAGUAUUUAUAGAAAAAUUUUAUCAAAAUUAGUAAGAAAGUUAAGAUAUUGAAAUUGAAAACAAUGAAAAUUUACCAACAAGCUAAAAUAUUUACUCCUAGGCAUAAUGCGAAUCAAAAUCCUCUUCUGAGUAGCAUAACAACUCUGAAGAAGAUCAAACUAAAAGCUCAAGGUGCAAAUUCAAGCUUAUUUCCUGA